AGCACUUUAAAAAUGGAAGAAUUGAAAAAGAAGUGGAAUCAUAAUCUUAUCAGAAUCAGUCCCUCUUUAACCUCUAAACAUUUGAAACAAAAGCAAUAACCAAAAACUUUUCUGAAUCCAAGAAUCUUUAUCGUAUCAUCAAUGGCGUACGCACCGUCAGCACCGGAGCUUCCAGAAUCGUUCGGGCAGCAGGUUGACGAGGAAGCUAGAUACACUUACGCGUAUCCAUACGGUCAACCAACGAACCAACUCGGAUCUUCCGGAAUGUUUUCACCCGAAACGCAUCCGGACAUCGUGAGGAGCUUCGAGUCGGCUGGCGGAAACCGGAGCGGAUUCCUCGAUGAGUCGGAGCUUCGGCAUGCGUUGUCGUUUUCUGGAUACGAAGGAAUCAGUAACAGAACGAUUAGGUUCCUCUUGUUCAUUUACAAGAGCCCUGGAGAAUCUCUGCUACGACUUGGUCCUAAGGAGUAUGCUGAGUUGUGGAAUUGCCUUGCUCAAUGGCGUGCCAUGUUUGACAGGUACGAUAGGGAUAGAAGUGGAAAGAUGAAUGCAUUAGAGCUCAGAGACGCUUUCUAUCAUCUCGGUUACAUGCUUCCAACCUCUGUUCUCCAGCUUAUUAACUUAUCUCAGUUUGAUGAUGGGACUGGCAACACUGUCGACCUCUGUUUUGACAGAUUCCUCGAAUGUGGGAUGACUGUGAAGAGUUUGACUGAGAAGUUCAAAGAGAAGGACCCCGGUUACACAGGCUACGCAACGCUCUCUUACGAUGCUUUCAUGUCGAUGGUCAUUCCCUUCAUUACCUCAUAUGACUAAUGGUCUUAUCUUCUUUAAAAAAAAAUCUCAGCUUCAAGUUGUACAUUUGAUAAUGGGGUUUGUGGUUACCGACUAGGAGUGAAAUCAAACUGGUGAUUAGGAAAAAAUGUUAGCUGUGGAAGAGAAAUAAAUGAAAGUUGUAAUGAUUAUAAAUAAGAAACAAAAGUGGUUUAACU